AUGACUUUUGCUGAUCUUCCACAUGAUUUAGAAUUGGAGAUACUCUCUAGGGAAUUCCAGCCACAUCUCCAAAAGAAUUGCAAACUACUUGCAAACGAUGGUAUACUUUAUUUAGAGAUACAAGAUUCGUCAAGAAGAACUUGUGUAAAGCAACAACGCAUUCAAAUCAAAGCCGACUUGUAA